AUGUCGAGCCAUAGAUCUUGUGGCCUGGUGGUGGUGCUCGCCUGCGCCGCUCUCAUGGCGGCGGUGGCCGGCACGGCGCAGUACAACGUCGGCGGCGACAACGGGUGGGGCGUGCCCGGCGCCGGCGCCGAGUCCUACAACACCUGGGCCGAGAAGACCACCUUCCAGGUCGGCGACCAGCUCGUGUUCGUGUACCCCAAGGACAAGGACUCGGUGCUGCUGGUGGCGCCGGCCGACUACAACGCCUGCAACACCAACACCUACGACAAGCAGUUCAGCGACGGCAACACCGUCUUCGACCUCGACCGCGCCGGCGCCUUCUUCUUCAUCAGCGGCGUCGACGCCAACUGCCGCGCCAACGAGAAGCUCAUCGUCAUGGUCGCCGCCGCCGCCAAGGGCGCUCCCACGCCCAGCCAGGGGUCGCCUGCAGCAACAGCAACGACCCCGCCGUCUGCUCCCUCAGGUGGCGCCCCGCCAAACUCCCCAGCAACCCCAAAUGCUCCGGCGGGUGAGGCGAGUAACUCAACGCCGGCCAAGGGCGCACCUCCUGGAGCCGCCAGCGGCGCCGGUCUCACGGUGGCAGGCCUCGCCGGCUCGUUCGUGGCAUUGUUUGGAUACGCCAUGCUUGCUUUCUAG